AUGCUCCCUAAUCAACUAUCGCCUCUCAAGCCUGAUGGGCUCGUGCAACAAUGGCUGGCUGAGUCCACAUUGCAACGGGGAGCCCCCGAUUGGCAAGUUCUAAGCACCCAGGCCAAACAUCUCCCUAACAACCUGGAGGGAUUGUCCGCGCUCGGUGUAUCGCGGCAGAAUUCGGCUGGGCAUCUCCCUCUCGAAGACGAAGCCGCUGUUAAGCGAACAGCAUCGAAUACACAUUACCCAGACCUCGGCGAAAAAUACUCCCGGCGCCAAAGGAACAAGACCAGAUAUGACAGAUAUGAAUUGAAAGAGAAAAAACCCAGACAGCCAAAAGGACCUUCCAAAAGAAAAGCCCGCCACAAAUCAGAAGCUGAAUCCCAAGAAGUUUUUCAUGCACCUAACGUUCACACAGAGAGACUGACUCUGAAUCCCACUCUGGGACCUGGUAUUUUCGCAAAAGGGAAAGCAUCUGAGCCAGUCGAAUGGCAAGGGUUACCAGAUCUCACUUUCUCAGAAAUGACCUUUCUCAGAAGGAAAAGAGAACAGGGAGGUAGGCAUUUUAGAGGGAAUCCUGACAGCAGUGCAUUGAAGAGAACGAAGGACAUGCCAAGUGAAGGGAUUUCUCGCUUCUUCUCUCGCCCAGGUCAGAACUCUGCAAGCCCAAAAUCCAAAACAAUGCAACCAUAUCACCUUUCGACGAACCUGUCGCCGACUCGUACACCUAGAGAUGAUGUCGGCCACUCUGAGACAACUGGGCGCCAUGGACUGGAUGGGGGCUCUCUUCGGCAGAAAUCAUGCUCUAGGAGCAUGUCAUCUAAGAAGGCCAGCUCGACCAGUGCGAUCUCCUGGUCAAAAUUGCCCCCAGAUCACAGUGAUCGCCUGCGGAAAGAGCAUCGGCGACCAUGUCACGCAUUACUUGAAGCAUCGACUAUACCUCGACUUCAGGAGGAUGGAAGUCAUUGUAAGGCAUCCAGAACAGCUACAAUGUACUCGAUGAGCUCGCCAAGUAGUCGCCUUUUGAAGGAAUACACAGACAGCGCUCUCUUGUCUGACGUCAAGAAAUGGUCGCGGUUGAAUAAGGAGUAUCUGUCACUGGAGGAUUUGAAGCAACUGGCAAUGAAAACCGCCAAAGAUGAGGCUGUGUCGUUUGGAGACAAUAUCCACCACUUUGAUGACAGUAUCUCAACACCGGAGAGGUGCCCAAAUACCACCACUCACCCCCUUCCCAACCAUGAAUUCAACAAAGAUCUAGCCCAUCAAGCCAGUCGCUUUUCAGAAGGUUCGAUCUCCAGUCCUGUUACAGUCCAAGGGCGGAGCAGAGUGGAAGAGCAAGCACCCCGGGCCAGCCUCCACCACUUAAGUGAGCAUCUGGAGCCUCAACCUGUCCAAUUCCGUCUUUCGAUACAGGACGACCUUGAUUGCCACCUCGAUGGUCAUUUGCUCGAGUACCCUACUCGACAGACUAUCCCACUUAAUGUGAACACAUCGGCCCGGCAGUUCCCGGUGUUGGAAUCUAUAUCCCAGAGUUUACAGUCUCCAGUGUGCAAGGAAUUCUCUCGCAGUGCCCAUCUCAAUAUCUCCCGAGAUUAUGGAACUCCGCCGUAUGAUCCAGAGCAAGAUAGCGAUUCAUUGGAUCCAUUUGACUUCCAGCUAUUAGGAAUCGACCAUAGUGGUUGUAGAGUUUCACUUAGCAUGAUGGAUGCCACCGAGUUGACGAGGCAGGGUCCUCACAUUGUCGGAAACUUGACAUAUCUUCCCAGCCUGCCAAGAAACUCGACUACUUUUGACACAGCCAAUAUGGACGGUACUCUGAUUGAUCCGAAUAUUUACAAUUAUGGAUUUAACAAUCGCUUAACGAUGCAGCCUCCAAGCCCCAAGCAAGUUGCGCAUUCGUUAGGUGACAGAUUGGGACUGAUCUCUCGAAGGCCGGAAGACCCAAUUGAGGAAGGUUUUACAGGUCUUUCAAGGCCGCACAUACUGUAUUGA